AUGGCUGCCCUCAAGAUCCUUGUGCCUCUCCUUGUCGGCCUCGGCGCUUACUAUUUCUAUAGCUCAGAAAGCUUCUCUCCAGAAAUGGCGCAAGGGAAGCGUGUCCUGGUGACAGGUUCAAGCACGGGGAUUGGGGAGCAAAUCGCUUAUGAGUUUGCACGGAUGGGGGCCAAUGUAGUGGUAACAGCAAGGAGGGAGAAUCUACUCGAGAAGGUGGUCCAGAAGUGUCUGGAAUUGGGGGCCAGCUCUGCACAGUAUGUUGUGGCUGACAUGAGUAAUUUUACUUCUGCCCAGAAGGUCAUUGAGGAAACCAAGAGCAAACUGGGAGGCCUGGACUACUUAGUAUUGAAUCAUGUUGGAGGAGAUGUUGGCUUUCAUCGAUUCAAAGGAGAUAUGGACAUUGUGAAGAAAUCCAUUACUAUCAACUUCCUCAGCUAUAUCCAGCUAUCAUCUUCCGCGCUAGAUAUGUUACAAGAGUCUGAAGGGAGCAUCAUUGUCAUAUCUUCCAUGGCUGGCCGUAUUUCGUCCCCAUUCAACAUUGAGUACUCUGCUGCCAAAUUUGCACUAGAGGGCUUCUAUAGUGGACUUCGCAGUGAGUUGCGCCUUCGGAAGAUCAAUCUGGCUGUCACUGUCGCUGUGCUGGGGUUCAUUGACACAGACACUGCUUUGAAAGAAGUCACUAACAGAAUGACCCUAGUACCAAGUUCCAAAGAAGAGUGUGCCCAGAAGAUAGUGCAGGGAGGCGUGAUGAGACAUCGGGAAGUUUUCUAUCCUUACUGGAGCCAGAAAUUUGUCUUGAUGUUCAGAGAUUGGAUGCCUGACCUGGUGGACCAUCUAGUUGGAAAACAGUACAAAGUGGAAAAUAUCCAUUAAAUAGACUUGUUCAUACAUAACAUGGACCCCCUUUAGUAUUGUACUA